AUGGCUGACACCAGCAUGGGAUUGGAAAUUGUCAACUAUAUCCGAUCAAAUGGAGUUCGGAUUUUUCUCGCGAUAGGGGCGAUUAUCGUCUUGCGAAAUUUUUACUCAAUCGCAAAAUACCGUAUACCCCUCUAUCGCGUUCUUAAGCGUGGUCUUCCAGCACCGAAAUGGACAUUAGCGGCUGGAAACCUUCUAGCAUUGCCAGAUGUCAUGGCCAAGAUCCCCAAGGACGCACAGCAAUCGGAUGCUUUUACCAUGCUAUCCUAUGAAUUUUCCAAAUUCGAUAAUUGCUUUUAUAUGGAUGUCUGGCCCUUUACAGCCAAGCCAUUUCUAGUGAUCACAAGCCUAGAGCUCGCAGUUCAGGCCUGUCAAACUUUUGCGCUACCUAAACCGCACUCCCUUGCUGUUUACUUCCAUUCAUUCACCGGAGGCCCUAAUAUCUUUACAACAAAUGGACCGGAAUGGAAACGGGCAAGAUCGCUUUUUAAUUCCGCAUUCAGCGCUAGCACGAUUAUGCAACAAACUGCUCAUAUCGUGGAAGAGACAGAAGUUUACGUCGGUAUUCUACGUGAGCAUGCCCGUAAGGGGGACACUUUCUCCCUGGACAGGCUAACAUGUGAUUAUAUGAUGGAUAUUAUUGGAUCUGUGGCUAUCAAUGAUCGCUUCGAAUCUCUUCGUAAGCGUAAUCCUCUAGCAGACGCAUUGCGAGUUCUCAUCAAUUGGCAUGUUCAGGAUGAGGAGAUGAACCCUUUUGUCAGAUGGAAUCCGAUCCGAUACCUAGUGGAAUGGUAUAAUGGACGCAUCAUGGCCCGAUACAUUGAUAAGGCUCUGGAUAAGCGAUUCGACAUGUGGCGUCACAACAAACCCUCCAGCCGGCCAAAAUCAAUCAUGGACCUUGUGAUUGCUGAUUACAUGCGUACCCGACCAAUGGAAGAAAAAUUGGACUCAGAGUUCAAAGAAUGGGCCACCAGACAAGUACGGACUUUCUUAUUUGCUGGUCAUGAUUCUACUGCUGCAACAAUCGUGUACAGCAUGUACAUCUUAUCAAAAAACCAAGAUAUUUUGGCGAAAGUACGAGAGGAGCACAAUGCCGUUUUUGGAGAGGAUAUUUCGACCACAGCCGAGCAGCUAAAGCAGAGCCCGGAAUUGAUUAACCGAAUCCCCUUCACCACGGCGGUGAUCAAAGAAGUACUUCGUUUAUACCCACCAGCAUCUGCCCUGCGCGAGGGCCAACCGGGAGUGGAAUUGCAGGAUAAGAACGGCACAAAGUACCCAACAGAAGGAUUUCUCUUAUGGAUUCUUCAUGGUUCAAUCCAGCGCAAUCCAAACUACUGGCCAGAACCGCACACCUUCAUUCCAGAUCGAUGGCUAGUCGAUAUGGACCAUCCUCUUCACCCACCAAAACAUGCAAUGCGGGCCUUCGAGCUCGGACCACGCGAUUGCAUCGGACAGCCGUUGGCGAUGCUUGAUAUCAAAAUUACAUUGGUACUUACGCUCCGCGAAUUUGAUUUCCAAGACCAGUACGCCGAAUGGGACCGGCUGAACCCUAAUGCCGGACUAAAGACCGUAUUCGGUGAGCGUGCGUAUCAGGUUUCGCAAGGCGCAUCGCAUCCCGUAAACGGAAUGCCUUGCCGGGUAUUUCAACGGAAGGAGAGCACCUAG